AUGCAGAUCCGUUUAUUGGCGGGAACGUUCCUUGCCUUUAUUGGCUAUGUGGCCGGCUACGAUCAGAGUUUUCUUAUUCAACAUAAUGACAAAGUCGGCGUAUACGGACAGUACGACAAAAAGGAGAAAUGCUGGGACCAGGAGCCGAAAAAUCCCACCCAUCCCGUUUCUGACGAAUGUCAGCCUGCUAGCGUAAAGAUUAAAUUAGAUUACCUUUUGAGAAAGAAUCCAGCUGUGGAGGCUGCAAUAAAAAAGAAAGGCGUUUAUUGUGACACAAGUUACUACACUCUUAUUGGAAUCGAAAAUAUUUGUCCCUCAGAGAUUACGUUUCCUACAAAAGUCGAGGUUUAUGGAUCACGGUGUUAUAUUGUCAAGCCAGAACUACAAUGUAUCAGUUACGCCAAGUGUGCAGAACAAACUGGUUGCUAUAUCUCAGAAGACAAAAGAAGCAAAUGUCUACAAGAUAACUUCCGUGAAUUCGACGUUUGGAUAUACUGCCAAAACUGUGGAUUUAGACUCGUAAAAAUCAAAUUGCCACAGUGCUGUACAUGUAAUAGAUAUCGAAUUUGCGGUGAUAUGGAUCAGGAGGGUGGAGAGACAAAUGAGGACGGAGAUGGAAAUGAAGAUGGUGAGGACACAAAUGAAGAUGGUGGAGACACAAAUGAAGAUGGUGGAGACACAAAUGAAGAUGGCGGAGAAACAAACGAAGACGGCGGAGACACAAAUGAAGACGGAGAGGGAAAUGAAGAUGGUGGGGACACAAAUGAAGAUGGUGGAGACACAAAUGAAGACGGUGGAGACACAAAUGAAGAUGGCGGAGACACAAAUGAAGAUGGUGAAGACACGAAUGAAGAUGGUGGAGAUACAAAUGAAGAUGGUGGCAAUACCGAUGAAGAUGGAGGUGGAAAUGAAGAUGGUGGCGACACAAAUGAAGAUGGCGGAGACACCAAUGAAGACGGUGAAGACACAAAUGAAGAUAGUGGAGACACAAAUGAAGAUGGUGGAGACACAAAUGAAGACGGCGGAGACACAAAAGAGAACGGAGAUGAAAAUGAAGAUGGUGGGGACACAAAUGAAGAUGGCGGGGACACAAAUGAAGAUGGUGGAGACACAAAUGAAGACGGUGGAGACACAAAUGAAGAUGGUGGGGACACAAAUGAAAAUGGUGGGGACACAAAUGAAGAUGGUGGGGACACAAAUGAAGAUGGUGGAGACACAAAUGAAGAUGGCGGAGACACAAAUGAAGACGGUGGAGACACAAAUGAAGACGGAGAUGAAAAUGAAGAUGAUGGGGACACAAAUGAAGACGGUGGAGACACAAAUGAAGAUGGCGGAGGUACAAAUGAAGAUGGUGGGGACACAAAUGAAGAUGCUGGAGAAACAAAUGAAGAUGGAGGAGAUACAAAUGAAGAUGGAGGAGACACAAAUGAAGGUGGCGGAGACACAAAUGAAGACGGCGGAGACACAAAUGAGGACGGAGAUGAAAAUGAAGAUGGUGGGGACACAAAUGAAGAUGGUGGGGACACAAAUGAAGAUGGUGGAGACACAAAUGAAGAUGAAUGA